AUGAGUCAUGACCAACAUGAAUCAGUCUGUGAAAAGCUCUCAAGGGAACUCAGACAUUUCAAAUGGAGGGAAGUUUUCACAUGGAAGCUCCUGAAAACGCUGGCCAUGGGUCAGGGUCUCUCAGCACUGAUGUGCGGGACUGCAGUCUCGUCUCAGUACCUGGCCAUUGAAUUUCAUCUGGACGUACCAAUGUUUCAGAGCUGGAUCAGUUACACACUUCUAUGCCUCACCUACACUACUGCACUGUGUUUUAGAAAAGGAGAUGAAAACAUUCUGCUGAUCUUAAAGACAAAAUGGUGGAAAUAUUUAUUGUUGGGGCUGGCAGAUGUGGAGGCAAAUUAUGCAGUGGUGAAGGCUUACCAGUAUACGACAUUAACCAGUAUACAGCUUUUGGAUUGCUUUAUUCUCCCAGUGCUUCUGAUCCUGUCCCGGGUCUUCCUGAAGACACGCUACAGAAUCAUUCACUAUGUAGCUGUGUGUGUGUGCCUGGCUGGUGUAGGAGCCAUGGUGGGGACAGAUAUAGUCUCAGGCCGAGAUCAAGGAUCAAGUAGCAACAUUCUGCUGGGAGAUGGCCUGGUUAUCAUCAGUGCCACUCUGUACGCAGUCUCCAACCUGUGUCAAGAGUACAUUGUGAAGAAUAAAAGACAGCUGGAGUUUCUGGGGAUGGUCGGCCUUUUCGGAACACUGAUCAGCGGAAUACAGCUAGGUAUUUUAGAACAUAUGAAGGUGGCAAAUAUUAAGUGGACAUGGCAAAUUGCUCUUCUCCUGUGUGGCUUUGCUGCGUGUAUGUAUACAUUGUACAGCUGCAUGCCUGUAGUGAUCAGCAUGUCCAGCGCCACAGCCGUUAACCUCUCUCUGCUCACGACUGAUCUCUUCAGCCUCUUCUGUGGCCUUUUCCUAUUCCAGUACAAUUUCUCAGGGCUCUAUCUUGUAUCUUUAAUGGUGAUCAUGGUGGGUUUCAUAAUGUUCAACGCAGUCCCUCCACCAAACCAAACUCCUGAAACAGGGUCUGAGGAGAGAGGACAUGACAAUCAGGCCACUGAGCUUGAUGAAGAGAGAUAAGUGGGCCCUGAAGUUGAGAAUCAAGAGAGAGGUGAGACUGAUUCCAGUGGAAAUAGUCUUCCAGCUGAAAAGGGACAUGGAUGUGUUUUAAGCAGUGUUAAAAUGUAGCUCAGAAACUUCAGGCCAAAAUUCUGUGUGGAUUUAGUU